AUGGCGUAUUAUCUAGCUGACGGUAUCUAUCAUUCUUAUCCUACUUUCAUCAAAUCGAUUAGGCUUCCUCAAAGUGAACCAGACAAGUUAUUUGCAAAAGUUCAAGAGGGUUGCCGGAAGGACAUCGAACGUGCAUUCGGAGUGUUGCAGGCUCGAUUUAAAAUCAUUUGUGAACCAGCUCGAAUGUGGGACAUUCCCGAUUUGGCUAUUAUAAUGAGGUCAUGUAUCAUAUUGCAUAACAUGAUUGUUGAAGAUGAACGAGAUACAUAUGCUCAACACUGGACUGACUAUGAUCAAUCUGAGGCAAGUGGAUCUAAUGCACCACAACCAUUCUCGACUGAAGUGCUACAUGCAUUUGCAAAUCAUGUACGUGCUAGAUCGGAAUUGCGUGAUUUCAAUGUGCAUCAUGAAUUGCAAGCAGAUUUAGUCAAACACAUAUGGGAAAAGUUUGGAAUGUUUCAUGGUUGA